AUGGCCCGCAAGAAGGCUCUCCUGAUCGGAAUCAACUACACCGGCUCCAAACACCAGCUAAACGGCUGCAUAAAUGACGCCAUGAACGUGCGCGAAUACCUGCUUCGCGAACGUGGUUUCUCCCCGGACCCGCGAGACAUGGUUAUCUUGACCGAUACACCGCAGAAUCGCGGCUCGCCGUUCUUCCCCACGGGCGCCAAUAUGCUGGCUGCCUUUCGGUGGCUGGUUACGGGCAAUAAUCCGGGCGACUCGGUGUGGUUGUCGUAUUCUGGCCACGGGAGCCAAGUGCGAGAUCCGGAUGGGGAUCGAGAUUCUGGCUUCGAUGACACUAUCUGUCCCAUUGAUUUCGAACAAAAUGGACAGAUUACGAGCGACACGCUACACAAAGUGAUCGUCUCUCCCAUGAACCCGCGGUGCCGCUUAACAAUCCUCUUCGACUGCUGCCAUUCCGGCUCAGCAGUGGAACUCCCUUACGUGUUCCGGCCCGACGCCGACGGCCGGGUGAACUUGAUGGGCAAUGUUAAAGAGGGUCUUUCACUAGCCAGGGAGGUAUCGGGUCUGCUCCACGGCGGAUUUUCCAUCGAGAAGGUCCACGAUGUAGAGGCGCUGAUUGGGCGCGGAACGUCCUUGCUGCAUAAAUUCCAGCACCCAGAUGCGGCCUCUGAUGAGAAUGGACUCGCGGAUGAGAAUUUCGUCGAGGAUUGGCGCAAUGAGGGCAAGGAUGUGUGGAUGUUUAGUGGGUGUGCUGAUGAUCAGACUUCGGCCGAUACCAGUAUGCAGGGUCUUGCGACAGGCGCGAUGUCGUGGGCUUUCAUCAACACCAUGAGGGCCAAUCCGCGCCAGAGUUAUGUGCAGGUGAGAAUGGCUUACAAUGAUCAUGUGAAGAUGGCUGAUAAUCCGCUAACCUCAAUGUUUGGAUAG